GAUGAAUUGUAUCUCUGGUGGAGUAUUUUUGGGAACCUGUUUUAUUGCCUUAUUACCAAACAAUCAAGCAUUUACUAGGAAAGCUUUGGAGGCAAAAAAUAUCAAAAUUCACUAUCCACUUUGCGAAUUAAUUCUUAUGCUGGGAUUUUUUAUGGUUUUCAUUUUGGAACAGUUUAUGCACGCUUUCAAAACUGAAGAAACACCUACCACAUCAAAUGAAGAGACAGUAGAGGAGAACAACAGCGAUGGUAGCGAUGUUCAACUAAUGCCAUACAAUCAAAUUGGUCAACAACACUCUCAUUCUCAUUCGCACAUGUCGGGUUUAUCUAGUGCCACAAAUCUUAAAGGAAUUAUUUUGUAUCUAGCCCUUAGUGUCCACUCAGUUUUCGAGGGGAUAGCUCUCGGCCUACAAAACGAAACCGACAAACUAGUGGAUUUAUUUAUAGCUAUUAUCCUGCACGAAUGCCUCGUUGCAUUUGCCCUCGGUACGAAUCUUAUGAAAAAGAAAUCUCCAAGAUUUGUUGUUAAAGCAGCAAUACUCUUUAGUUUAAUGAUACCCGUUGGUCAAGGAAUAGGAAUGAUGAUUGGAAACUUUAAGUCACCAAAUGCAGAUUUAGCGUCUGCAAUUUUACAGACAAUUGCAACGGGAACGUUUAUUUAUGUCGUUUUCUUUGAUAUUUUACCUGAAGAAUUUUUUGAAAAUCCGCAAGAUACUCUUCAAAAGUGUUCAUGCGUAUUCCUAGGAUUCGGUAUAAUUGCAGCUCUCCAAAGUAUAUUUGUGCACGAUCACCUAGGAUAA